UAUUUUUAUGAAGUAUAUGGGCUGAUCCACCAUCUGCGCGAUGUGAACCGCGUAGAUUGUGGCAUGUAUGAAAGAAUACCAUGGGAAUAGGACUCCAAGUCUUCAAUGUUUAGACGCUUCUAGGUAGUCUCACGGAUAGAGAAGCAGUAGGAGAAAAGGACUGCAAGAGAGUUGAUCAAUCAAUUAAUUAGAUUGCCCAUCAUCAACCAUGUCUUAUUUACGGAAAAAAUCGAUAGAUUUUCUCAAGACCUUCGAUGUGCCGGCGAAGAAUCCGUCAGAGGACGCGCAGCGCCGAUGGCGGGAGGCCGUCGGCACGCUCGUCAAGAACCGGCGACGUCGCUUCCGCAUGGUCCCCGACCUCGACAAGCGAUCCCAGGCCGAGACGCAGCGCCGCAACAUCCAGGAAAAGCUUCGUGUCGCUCUCUACGUGCAGAAGGCCGCUCUGCAGUUCAUCGAUGCCGCCCGCAGGGUGGAGCACCCGCUGUCGGAGCUGGCGCGGCAGAGCGGCUUCUCUAUCAGCGCCGAGGAGCUGGCCUCGUUGGUGCGCGGCCACGACACCAAGAGCCUGCGCCUCCACAAGGGCGUCGAGGGCCUGGCGCGCAAGGUGAACGUCUCCCUCGCCGACGGCGUCCGGUCCGACGACGUGGGCGUCCGCGGCGAGGUCUACGGCGCCAACCACUACCCCGAGAAGGCGGCCCGCACGUUCUGGAUGUACCUGUGGGACGCCAGCCAGGACACGACGCUCAUGCUGCUCGCGUUCUGCGCCGUCAUCUCCGUCGUCAUCGGCAUCGCCACCGAGGGGUGGCCGGGCGGCAUGUACGACGGCCUCGGCAUCAUGCUCACCAUCUCCCUCGUCGUCACGAUCACCGCCGCCAGCGACUACAAGCAGUCCCUGCAGUUCCGGGACCUCGACAGGGAGAAGAAGAAGAUCGAGAUCCAGGUCACGCGCGACGGCUUCCGGCAGAAGGUGUCCAUCUACGACAUCGUCGUCGGCGACAUCGUGCAUCUGUCCAUCGGCGACCAGGUUCCGGCGGACGGGCUGUUCAUUGAUGGGUACUCGUUCAUCGUCGACGAGUCGAGCCUGUCCGGCGAGAGCGAGCCGGUGCACGUGUCGGCCACGAACCGGUUCCUGCUGGGCGGUACCAAGGUGCAGGACGGGUCAGCGAGGAUGCUGGUGACGGCGGUGGGGAUGCGGACGGAGUGGGGGAAUCUGAUGGAGACGCUGAGCCAGGGCGGCGAGGACGAGACGCCUCUGCAGGUGAAGCUCAACGGCGUCGCCACCAUCAUCGGCAAGAUUGGGCUCGCCUUCGCGGUGCUCACCUUCACCGUGCUCAUGGCGAGGUUCCUGAUCGGCAAGGCUGCUUCCCCAGGCGGCCUGGUGACAUGGGGGAUGGAGGACGCGCUGUCGGUGCUCAACUUCUUCGCCGUCGCAGUCACCAUCAUCGUGGUCGCGGUGCCGGAGGGCCUGCCUCUCGCCGUCACGCUCAGCCUGGCGUUCGCCAUGAAGAAACUCAUGCAGGAGCGCGCUCUCGUGCGGCACCUCUCGGCGUGCGAGACCAUGGGGUCGGCCAGCUGCAUCUGCACCGACAAGACGGGCACGCUCACCACGAACCACAUGGUCGUCGAGAAAGUCUGGGCUGCCGGCGGGGCGACCACGGUGAGCACCGCCAAGGGCUUCGAGGAGUUCACCUCGUCGGCGCUGUCGGAGGGGUUCGCCAAGCUUCUUCUGGAGGGCGUCUUCCAGUGCUCCGGCUCCGAGGUCGUGCGCAGCAAGGACGGCAAGACCAGCGUCAUGGGCACGCCCACCGAGUCGGCCAUCCUCGAGUUCGGGCUCGGGGUGGAGAAGAACACCUGCAUCGAGCACGCGGCCGCCGCGAAGCUCAAGGUGGAGCCGUUCAACUCGGUGAAGAAGACGAUGGCCGUGGUGGUCGCGUCCCCGAGCGCCGGCGGCCGGCCACGCGCGUUCCUCAAGGGCGCGUCGGAGGUCGUGCUCCGCCGGUGCAGCAACGUGGUCGUCGACCGCCACGGCAGCAUCGUGGCCCUCACGGAGAAGAACUACAUGAAGCAGGUGGCCGGCGCCAUCGACAAGUUCGCGUGCGAGGCGCUGCGCACGCUCUGCCUGGCGUACCAGGACGUCGGCGGCGAGAACGAGGUCCCCAACGACGGGUACACGCUCAUCGCCGUGUUCGGCAUCAAGGACCCGCUCCGGCCGGGCGUGAGGGAGGCCGUGAGGACCUGCCACGUCGCGGGGAUCAACGUCCGCAUGGUCACCGGCGACAACAUCAGCACGGCCAAGGCCAUCGCGAGGGAGUGCGGCAUCCUCACUCCGGACGGCGUCGCCAUCGAGGGGCCCGAAUUCCGGCAGAUGAGCCCCGACCAGAUGAGGGCGAUCAUACCGAAAAUCCAGGUGAUGGCGCGGUCGCUGCCGCUGGACAAGCACACGCUGGUGACCAACCUGAGGGGCAUGUUCAACGAGGUGGUGGCCGUCACCGGCGACGGCACCAACGACGCGCCGGCGCUGCACGAGGCUGACAUUGGCCUCGCCAUGGGCAUCGCCGGAACAGAGGUUGCCAAGGAGAACGCCGACGUGAUCAUCAUGGACGACAACUUCUCGACCAUCAUCAACGUCGCCAAAUGGGGACGCUCCGUGUACAUCAACAUCCAGAAGUUCGUGCAGUUCCAGCUCACCGUCAACGUGGUGGCACUCAUGGUCAACUUCGUGUCCGCAUCUUUCACAGGGAGCGCGCCGCUGACGAUCGUGCAGCUGCUGUGGGUGAACCUGAUCAUGGACACACUCGGCGCUCUGGCGCUGGCGACGGAGCCGCCGAGCGACGACAUGAUGCGGAGGCCGCCGGUGGGCCGGGGCGACAACUUCAUCACCAAGGUCAUGUGGAGGAACAUCGCCGGCCAGAGCAUCUUCCAGCUCGUCGUGCUCGGCGUGCUCCUCGCCAGAGGGGACAGCCUCCUGCACAUGAACGGCGACAAGGAACUGCUCAACACCUUCGUCUUCAACACCUUUGUCUUCUGCCAGGUCUUCAACGAGGUGAACAGCCGGGAGAUGGAGAAGAUCAACGUCUUCAGCGGCAUGUUCAGCAGCUGGGUCUUCUCGGCGGUGGUCGGCGCCACCGUCGGGUUCCAGGUGAUCCUCGUGGAGCUGCUGGGGACGUUCGCCGGCACGGUGCACCUCAACGGGAGGCUGUGGCUCAUGAGCGUGCUCGUCGGGUCGGUCGGCCUGGUCAUCGGCGCCGUCCUCAAGUGCAUCCCCGUCGGCUCCGGCGACGCCUCGUCGGAUCGCCACGACGGAUACCAGCCCAUCCCCACCGGCCCCAGCGCCGUGUGAUUUUGAAGACUUUUUGCUGUUGUUUUUCUCUAGGAAGAGGAAAAUAUGUUAAUCCUUUGAUGAAAACGAUCUUUGCAUGCAGCUUCAGUUCAGUGUAGGACGUGCCGGAGCAUACUUGCGGCAAUGACCAUUCCGAGAGACUUGAGUUUCUUUUUUGUCAUUGUUUAUUUGUUGUGCUUUCUAGCCAAAGAUGGUUAUGAAUUUCGUAUUAGGAUUAGUUAUGAUGAAUUCAGUUUCUUAUCAUGUAUACACAAACUUCUCUCUAAUAGAGAGAUGAGUUUUAGCCA